AUGGCAGAUCACAUCAUCGUUAUCGAUGAAGACAACGAGAACGAAAUUCCGCCUCCAGCACGGGCAUACUGGCAUCAACCAGCACUGGCACCAAGGCGCCAGCGUGACGACCAAGUCAAUCUGUCUAAUGCUGCAAUCCGAGAAAGACUGCAAUAUAGCAGAAAUCGGGGGCCCAACAUCACUAUUGCCAUUCCUGAAAACCUCACGCUUCUGAACUAUGUGCACUUUCAACGCUUUUUGGUCAACAUCUUUGACGGGUGGCGGUCAAACGAACCUCUCCCUGAAUUCCCACUGCUACCUGAAUGUCUGUUCAAGGACACACAUAUCAAAGUUGGCGUACUCCAGGAAGACCAUCCCUUUAGCGCUGCGCAAGUCAAGUCCGGAGCUAAUGAACAAAAGCCCGAGCGACGUCCCGGCCAACCCGUAUUGGGCCUGGCGGACAAGAAGAAUGCAGGCUUUAGCCCCAGAUACGCCCGCUUGGAUGAUGGUCACGAUUCUGUCACUAUCCACCUCGAUCUUGGACCCAAAUCCAAGAAGCGUACAGCCGAACAUGGUGAAGGACUAUCAGCUAAGCGGAUGAAAGCCAAACAGCCGGGCAACAAAGCAUUUUGCACCAUAUCCGUCACUGGAAAAUCCGGCCUCAGCGUGAAAUGGAAAGACGAGACAAGCAGCUUCGCUGACCUCGACCAGGUACAACUGAUCGACUACCCAUCCAUUUAG